GAACCAAUCGCGGAAGAGAGGCGCCCGCAACAUCUCCAGCACAGCCAGGGCGCGACCCAUUGCAGCACCAAGUUAUCUUCGCGUACGCCAUUGCUUGCGACUCGAAUCUUGACUCUACGACCGCAACCCCGCAACCCCCCAAUUUACUUUUCUCCACGACGUGACCUCGACACCGAACAGGUGGAGCUUGCGUCGCGAUAAUACCGAGCAGCUAUCUGGCAGGCGCGCUCCAACCAAGCCACAGCCAGAUCUGUCUGCGGCUUAGGUGGAGAGAAGCACUUGAAGGUCAGCACUUGGAGAUCAGCGCGCCACAGCUACACAGACAAGAUGGUGGGCAAGAAGUCAGGCAGAGCCCAGCUGAGGCAGGAAGGCCUCGAGCGGACUGACAACAACAUGGACCUCUCGUCGUGGCCCCAGGUGGGCAUGAUCAACCAGAAGAACUACUACACCGAAUUCCUCAAGCGCGACGAACAGUUCCUGGCUGUCCGAUACCCCAAAGACGAGGAGCGCGCACGCAUCGUGCAAGAGGCCCGAGACAGGGAUCGCGCGCGCGCGCUGGGCGUCCCUCAGGCGGCCGAGGGCGCAACACCGCUAGCUGAAGAGGCCGCGGACGAGGUCGACGCUUCAUUGGACUCUUCGAGGACGGACAUCUCGAAGCUCAUCGUCAUACACCCCGGCAGCCAGAACCUGAGGAUCGGUCUGGGCGCAGAUGCGCUGCCCAAGACAAUACCCAUGGUCAUUGCGCGGAGAUGGAAGGAGAGCGAGUGCGAGGAGGACGGCGGCGAGCCCAGCCCCAAGCGCAUGAAGGUCGAGGGAGCAGUGCCGGCAGACGCGCUCCCUGAGAAGUGGUUUGGCGAAGACUUCGCCGAUCAGUACAUGGCUAUGUCUUCGGAGCUGAGGACGCGAAUGCGCUCCAACAAGCGCCGAGUGCUGCCGAACUCCAAGGACCUGGUCACAAACUACAACCGCCGCACUCCGCCAGAGGUCAUCUCAGAACACAACGAUAUCAAUCGUAUCGAGUUCACAGAGAUCCCUUCGAACCCAGACAGGGCGCCGCACUUCUUCACCGGCCACGAAGCACUUCGUAUCCCCGACCGAUCGAACCCUCGCUACAAGCUGUUCUGGCCUCUGCGCCAUGGUACCUUCAACGAAAGCGAGUAUGCGGAUCGCAACCAGAUCUACCACGACAUAUCCAAGAUUUACGAAGCGGCGUUCAGGAAUCAGCUCGGUAUCACCAGGAUGAAAGACCUGGCUAACUACAAGUGCGUGCUCAUCAUACCGGACUUGUACGAGCGCAACUACGUUACAACGAUGCUCGACAUCCUCAUACGGGAUCUUGGUAUCGGAAAGGUUUGUCUGCAACAGGAGAGCUUGUCGAACACUUUUGGAGCGGGCGCGGACAAGCUGUGUGUAGUCGACAUCGGCGCUCAAAAGACGUCCAUCUGCUGUGUCGACGAAGGCCUCUGUGUCGAGGAGUCUCGCAUCAACCUGAAGAUGGGUGGGGCGGAUGUCACAGAAACGUUCAUCAAGAUGAUGCUGUACGGCCACUUCCCGUACUCGGACAUAAACUUGAAGAGGCGGUAUGACUUCUUGCUUGCCGAGGAGCUGAAGCAGAAGUUCUGCUCGAUGGACGAGGGCUCUGUUAUGGUUCAGACAUGGGACUUCCACCUGCGAGCUUCGGGCCAGGACACACGGAAGUACAUGUUCAAAACUUACGAUGAGACCUUGCUGUCUGUCAUGGGCCUCCUCAAGCCAUCCAUAUUCGACAACUCGCGGAAGCUGGAAGGCCGCAGAACUGUCGUCCCCCGCUCCGUCGACCUCUACGACAGCUCCCCCAACGACCCCAUCUCCGCAGCUCAACUCGUCGUCCUCGAGCUCGCAGCCGGCAGAUCCGCUCAAGCCCCCAUCAACGGCACCCAAGAACCCGCCAUCGCGGCAACUCCCCAGAAGCCCCCACCCUUCAACCUCCUCGGCCGCCUCAACGACAACGAAGCCACACCACGCUCCUCCGUCGCAGGCUCCCCUGGUCCAGAAGGAACAGGCACACCGAACCCCGACCGCGACACACCCGGCAUGGGCGACACCGACGCGCCCGCCGCCGGCCUAAUCUUCCGCGACCCGGUCCUGGAGAAAGUGAAAAUCGCCGAAGAGCGCGACCGCACGCUUCCCAUCAUGCCUUUGGACCACGCGAUCCUCGAGUCCCUCGCGCAAGGCGGACGUGGCGAUGAGAAGAAAAUGCGCGACUUCUUCGGCGGCAUCGUGCUCGUUGGCGGCGUCGCAAAGACGCCCGGGUUCCGCGAGUUUCUCGAGCAGAGACUGCGCGAGCUGCGCCCGGGGCUGGAGAUUCUGCUCCCGCCGCCGCCGAGGGAUCUGGACCCCCAGGUCAUUGCGUGGAAGGGCGGGAGUGUGUUUGGGAGGUUGUCGAGUCAUGGGAAUGAUAGCUGGAUUAGUAAGUAUGAGUAUGAUAUCUUGGGGAGUAGGCUGUUGAACAAUAAGUGUAUGUUUGCUUGGUAGGAUGAGCAACGGGUUUUGAGGCCGUGGUUGAGGGGAUGAAGUAUAAGAAAGGAGGCGCGGAGGAAGAUGAUGUUGAGGAAGAAGUUAGGUAUAGAAAAGACAGCGUGGUUACGAAGGGCUGUCCGGGUUGUGGAGGCCGAAAUUUUUGCAGAACGAGCUUUCAGGGGAAGAAACCGCCGGGUAAGGCAUUGUGGAAGAAGAUGUCAUGUAUGGAGAAGUCACAGAGAACUC